UCAGUGCCCCGUCGUAUUCUGAUGAAGAUGAACGCCCUUGCUGCUUUUCUUCUCAUUAUCGUCGCUUGCCUACUGACCGUGCAAGCUUGCGAGCCUGAGCAAGCACAUAACGGGUGUAAGAUCUAUGGAUCGUCGUGUACGUGUGGUUACGGGUGUAAGAACGAGUUUAUAUACAAGACAAGGAGGGAUUGUCUAAAUGCACUUCGAGAACGAAGCUCAAAUGUAUGUUAUCACAUGCCAUGCUUGAGGGGUAUUUGUAUACAAACGGUACAAGAUCCUGGUUUCGCUUGCAAGUGUGAGGGUACUGGAUUCUAUGGGCAAAGAUGUGAAAAAGCUUGCCCGACAAUGCAUACCCGUGGUCAAGUAUACCCUCACGAAUGCAUAGUCAUUUGAAAAAGUUAAUUAACGGCACAUCUACUACGAGCAGCAAAUAAAUAGAGGGCAAUAUUGCAGCUCAAUUCUGCAAGCGCAAAUUUAAUUAGGGGCACGUAACUGGAAUUUGUAAUAAAAUUCAAUUUUCUACUCAAUAAUAAUUUAUUACACUUUUAUCCAAUUUACUGAACAUAGAGUUGGAUGCAGUCGCGCCUAGUAAACAUUGUAGCUUUAGAAAUAGUUCCUACUUAAAAUUCCUUCUUUCCAUUAUGAGUAAAGCUUCUGUUUUUUUAUCUGGAAAUUAUACUUAGCAAUAAAAGGAUGCACUUAAUUUUGUCAACCCAUAUAUCAUAGUAUACCUACCUAUUUCGAAAUUUCGUUCAAUAUUUUUCUUACGAUAAUAUUGAAAAACUGUCAAGUCGAUAAUGAAAUACAUUUAUUGAUAUUUCACUUAUAUGAUGUCGCUACCCAUAUUCGAUACACUUUUUAAACUUGGUCUAGUACUUUCAAAGUUUACCUUACUUACUCAAUGCAAGCAAGCAAACCAACAUUGAAUUAUUUCCCUUUAUAAAAGGUAUUAAUAUUCUAGCCCUGUCCACACUAGAAUUGUAUUUCACUUAAAAUCUCUCAUGUGGCUAUUAGUUAACAAAUGAUAAUUGUAAAUAUUAAAAGAGAGCCAUCGACAGAUGCUGCCCAGAUAAAUCUUCAGGCCAUGCGCAGAAGGCGGUUGACAGUACCACAUGAAAUUAAUAUAGAAAGACAAAGUACACAUCGUCACGUGUCACGAUAUAAUGUAUGAAUAGAAAAACAUACGCGCAUAGGAACACGCUACAAAAUAUAACGUAACGUUCGCCUGAGGACCGUCUCUGUUUCCCCGAUACAGAUUUUCGCAUUUUAUAACAUUAUUAUAACUCUGCUAAACCAAUAAUUUUGAAAUUGAUAUCGUAAUGGGGGUAAUAGGUAGCUAGUAAUUACUCUGAAGCACAUAAAUCGAAAACGUUUCGAAAUAACCGAAAUUUCGUUUUCGGAGAAACAGAAUAGGGAUACCUUUACGGUUUAAAAAGACAUUUUUUUUACUGAAAACGAUUUUGACGAUAGAGGUCAUCGAUCAAAAAAACCAUAAUCAAAUCGGCCCAUUAUUAUAUUGCUGUAGUACAAUAUUUAAAAAUUAGCCACAAAUUAGUGCUUUUCAUAAAACAUAGCUAAAAAAAGAUACGAUGAAAAAGGCAUUCGACUAAAAAACGCGCAUUCAUAUCGAUUCUUUCUUUCAGGAGGUAUUUAAAUACCACACACAUACCACUUUUUGCGUCAGAAGUUAAAAAUAAAUAAGUACUUUAGUUAUCGGUAUUUUUUUUUCCGUAUACUUCUUUUUCUCGGCAUCUCCACGCCGUGUUAUUUCCAUAACUCUACACCAAUGCUUAUUUUGCAUACAACUUCACCAACAAGAAACUCAAAUUGAAGUUUAGUGGUUCUUUAGUAAUUAAAUAGGUAGUGUAUACUCUAUGUAAAUAUUUUAUUAACUUCAAAUUAAUUAAAUUUUUGUUAAUUCACUGAUAUUUAAUACAUAUUACAUAGAAAAAAAUAUAACGUUGAAAUAGGUACCUAGGAUGUUGUACCGUAUUGCAGGCUUAUGGGCAUUCGCUGUCGCUUGCCAAAAAUAUGAUUUCGUUUAUUAAUAACAAAAUAAAUAUAGAUAUAAAGUUUAAAAAAAAAUUGAGCGAACAAUCGAUUUUUAUUUAUAGUAUAAUGUAUUAAAUAUCAUUGAUUUAUGAGGCAUCAUGAGAAAAAAGCGUGUUUUUAAUAGAAAUUGUAUUUGUAAUAUAAUUAAUUGGUUAUAAUAAAUAUUUUC